GCCAUUGCAUGGCCGUGGAAAUAUGUUGAUUGUGGACAUAAAAUGAGGUGAUGAUGGACCAUUUUGUGUGUUGAAGUGGGCAACGAACCUGUGAACUACAAAAUAUAAGGCGCGCUUUUUUUGUUCGAUUUUUUUUUGUUUGUUUUUGUUGUUGUUUUUUGUUCGUUUUCUUUUUAGUUUGCUUAAAAUCUAACCAUCAAGCUCCUGGAGCGUAACAUCGCAUACAAAAGCCAUGAAGACAAAUGUGUACUCCAGUUAUACACGUAUUAAGUUUUGAAGCAGAUGGGAUGUAAUGUGGUGUGGUCGCGUUGAAUAUUCGCCCCCCUUUUUCCUGCUUCGUGAAGACUGGCAUUUGGUGUCUAUAGAAUGGCUCGGUUCGGAGAUGAGGUGCCGUCCAGGUAUGGCGGAGGACCGGGACACGCUCAAGGGGGACCCGGCCGCGGCGGCAGCAGGCAGGGCGGCCCGCCGGGUGGUCAACAGAGAGUGUACAAGCAGUCAAUGGCCCAGCGAGCCAGAACUAUGGCCCUGUACAACCCUAUACCGGUGCGGCAAAACUGCUUCACUGUCAACCGAUCUCUGUUCAUCUUCAGUGAGGACAACUUCGUGAGAAAAUACGCCAAAAAGAUCACCGAAUGGCCUCCAUUUGAGUACAUGAUCCUGGCUACCAUCAUUGCUAACUGCAUCGUCCUGGCCCUGGAACAACAUCUUCCAGACGGGGACAAGACACCCAUGUCAGAGCGCUUGGAGGACACCGAACCCUACUUCAUCGGCAUUUUCUGUUUCGAGUCAGGCAUUAAGAUCUUGGCUUUGGGCUUUGCCUUCCACAAGGGCUCGUACCUACGCAAUGGCUGGAAUGUCAUGGACUUUGUAGUGGUGCUUACUGGAAUCCUGUCCACAGUGGGCACAGACCUUGAUCUGAGGACGCUGCGUGCUGUUCGAGUGUUGAGACCCCUCAAACUGGUGUCUGGGAUUCCCAGCUUGCAGGUUGUGCUUAAAUCCAUCAUGAAGGCUAUGAUCCCUCUGCUGCAGAUCGGUCUGCUGCUCUUCUUUGCCAUCCUCAUGUUCGCCAUCAUUGGUCUUGAGUUCUACAUGGGCAAAUUUCACACCACUUGCUUUGACAACAUCACUGAUGAGAUACGAGAGGAGUUUCCAUGCGGAAAUGACACUAACGCUCGGACCUGUCCUAAUGGAACAGUAUGUAAAAAGUACUGGAUUGGACCCAACUAUGGUAUUACCCAGUUUGACAACAUCCUGUUUGCCGUGCUCACAGUCUUCCAGUGCAUCACCAUGGAGGGCUGGACUGACCUGUUAUACUAUAGCAAUGAUGCUUCAGGGAGUGCAUGGAACUGGAUGUACUUCAUCCCCCUCAUCAUCAUCGGCUCCUUCUUCAUGCUCAAUCUUGUGCUGGGUGUGCUGUCAGGAGAGUUUGCCAAAGAAAGGGAGCGCGUGGAGAACAGGAGAGAGUUUCUUAAGCUGAAGCGUCAGCAGCAGAUAGAGAGAGAGCUGAACGGAUAUCUGGAGUGGAUCUGCAAAGCAGAAGAAGUGAUUUUGGCUGACGAGGACAAUGACCCAGAUGACCGGAUGCCCUUUGACGGCUCGCGAAGGAGACCUACCAUCAAGAAGAGUAAAGCAGACCUGCUCGAUGCAGAGGAUGGAGAUGGAGAUAUAGGUUCUCCGUUUGCACGGGGCAGUCUGAAGAGCUCGAAACUGGAGGGCUCUUCCUUCCAUAAAAAGGAGCGUCGGCUGCGAUUCUUCAUCAGGCACAUAGUGAAGACGCAAACGUUCUACUGGACUGUGCUGUGUCUGGUCGGACUCAACACACUGUGUGUGGCUGCUGUGCACUACGACCAGCCCGAAAAGCUCUCAGACUUCCUCUACUUUGCUGAGUUCAUCUUCCUGGGGAUCUUUAUGUCAGAGAUGUUUAUUAAGAUGUAUGGGCUGGGGACCAGACCUUAUUUUCACUCCUCCUUCAACUGUUUUGACUGCAUUGUCAUUUGUGGCAGCAUUUUCGAGGUGCUCUGGUCUAUGAUCCAGCCAGGAACCUCGUUUGGGAUCAGUGUGUUACGAGCUCUCAGGUUACUGAGGAUCUUCAAAGUGACCAAGUAUUGGGCGUCUCUGAGGAACCUAGUGGUGUCUUUGUUGAACUCCAUGAAAUCCAUUAUCAGUUUACUCUUUCUCCUUUUCCUCUUCAUCGUGGUCUUUGCGCUGCUGGGCAUGCAGCUUUUUGGAGGACAGUUUAAUUUUGAAGCCGGCACACCACCUACAAACUUUGAUACUUUUCCUGCAGCAAUAAUGACAGUAUUUCAGAUCCUGACGGGUGAAGACUGGAACAUGGUCAUGUAUGAUGGGAUCGAGUCUCAGGGCGGAGUAAAAAAGGGCAUGGUCUUCUCAGUCUUCUUCAUCGUUCUUACACUCUUCGGCAACUACACUUUGCUCAAUGUGUUCUUGGCUAUCGCUGUGGACAAUCUGGCCAAUGCACAAGAGCUGACCAAGGACGAACAGGAGGAAGAGCAAGCAGCCAAUCAGAAAAUGGCUCUUCAGGCGGCCAAGGAAGUAGCAGAGGUCAGCCCACUGUCUGCAGCCAACCUCUCCAUUGCUGCCGUGACAGUAAACUCUGAGCGUCUUGAUGCAACAGAACACUUUCUGGACUGUAAAGAGCAACAGAAGAACCACAAAGGUUGUAAGUCAGUAUGGGAGCAGCGCACUAGCGAGUUGAGACGACAGACCCUGAUGAACAGCAGAGAGGCUCUUUACAAUGAGUUGGACCCUGAAGAUCGCUGGAAGGUCUCAUACUCCCGUCACAUUCGUCCCGAUAUGAAGACACAUCUGGACCGGCCGCUGGUCGUGGACCCUCAGGAGAACCGCAAUAACAAUACCAACAAAACUCAUCCGGGUGACGGCCAGCCCCAGCGCACUCAUCAGCUCCUGCACAAACAGCCCAACUUCAAUGAGGGGGAGAGUGGAGGAGGAGGUGGAGGGUCUGAGCCCUGGGCAGCGUUGGAAAGGGGGGACUCCACAGGGUCUCGUCGGAGUCUUUUAGGCUCUGAGAACCAUGGGGAGGGUAGAGAGUCUCACCGCAGACAUCAGCAUGGCGAGCGCUGGAAGCUCUUGACAGAAAGAAGACUAAUUCCUUGUAGAGGACGAGGAACAGGUCCUGCUGGUUGCGCCGUACUGGCCCACCCGGACCUGGUUUCCGGAACUCAUCCUUCCGACAGCCCCUCUCUGGCGCAUCGCUCUGAGGAAGGACCUCGUUUCUCAGGGGCUCGGCGCCAUGUGGCACACGCGUCCGGAUCUGUGGAACCUCCACGUGUGGCUCCUGGACGGGACACGCCGGACUUGAGUGGUCUGCCACAAGCAGUGGUGGACACCAUCACUCAGGCUAGAGCUCCCUCUAUGAGGGAUGGCCAUGGAAGUGGCCCCACUCUCUCCACCACCCGUCCCAUUCAGAAGACUCUGUCCAGGCAGGACAGUCAGUACAGUGAGGACCUGGACAAUGCCAUGAACAACAAGCUUGCCACCCAGCCACCUAGUAACUCCACUCCUCAUGAUAGUCUGCUCAAUCUGGCCAACAGUGCCCACACUGCCGGCCUGGCACAUACUGACACUGAGAGCAGCCUCAUUCUCACCAACCCUUCCUCUACCACUGCUAAUGUUACCAGCACUGGUCACCUGAGCAUGAACCCCGAUUACACUGCCGUGGACAUUCCCCCGAUGUUCCCCUCCAGUAACGCCAUCCUACAGGUCAAUAAGAAUGCAAACACAGAGCCCCUGCCCAAGAAGGAGGACACAAAGGGUGACGAUGAUGAUGAUGAGAAAGAUGAUGCGGGGCCUAAACCCAUGCCACCCUACACCUCAAUGUUCAUUCUGACUACCACCAACCCAUUUCGGAGGUUGUGCCACUAUAUCGUCACGCUCAGAUAUUUUGAGAUGUGUAUUCUGCUGGUCAUUGCAAUGAGCAGUAUUGCCCUGGCCGCUGAAGACCCUGUCUGGCCCGAUUCCCCCCGCAACAAUGUCCUGCGGUACUUUGACUAUGUGUUCACUGGUGUGUUCACCUUUGAGAUGCUCAUUAAGAUGGUAGAUUUAGGUCUUGUCCUCCAUCAAGGCUCAUAUUUCCGUGACCUGUGGAACAUCCUGGACUUUAUAGUGGUUAGUGGUGCCCUGGUGGCGUUUGCCUUCACCGGAGGCAGCGGAGGAAGCAGCAAGGGGAAAGACAUCAGUACUAUCAAGUCGCUGCGUGUGCUCCGAGUAUUGCGGCCUCUGAAAACCAUCAAGCGUCUGCCCAAGCUGAAGGCUGUCUUUGACUGUGUGGUGAACUCUCUGAAGAAUGUGUUGAACAUACUCAUUGUCUACAUGCUGUUCAUGUUCAUCUUUGCUGUGGUGGCUGUGCAGCUCUUCAAAGGCCGUUUCUUCUACUGUACCGAUGAAUCCAAGGAGUUGGAGCGUGACUGCAGGGGCGAGUAUCUUGUCUAUGAAAAAGAUAACGAAGUGCGGGCGCAGAAGCGGGAAUGGAAGAAAUACGAUUUCCACUACGACAAUGUGCUCUGGGCCCUUCUCACCCUCUUCACCGUUUCUACGGGAGAGGGGUGGCCACAGGUACUGAAACAUUCAGUGGAUGCGACCUACGAGAAUCAGGGCCCGAGUCCAGGUUACCGGAUGGAAAUGUCCAUCUUUUACGUGGUGUACUUCGUGGUCUUCCCCUUCUUCUUCGUCAACAUCUUCGUGGCUCUUAUCAUCAUCACUUUCCAGGAGCAAGGAGACAAAAUGAUGGAGGAGUAUAGCCUGGAAAAGAAUGAGAGAGCCUGCAUAGACUUCGCCAUCAAUGCUAAACCGCUCACGCGACACAUGCCUCAGAACAAACAAACAUUCCAGUACCGCAUGUGGGAGUUUGUGGUGUCUCCUCCAUUUGAAUACACCAUCAUGGCAUUGAUUGCCCUCAACACCAUUGUCCUUAUGAUGAAGUAUGAUGGAGCAUCAGAUGCCUAUGAAGCUGUGUUAGCCAACCUGAACAUAGUGUUCACCUCACUUUUCUCCAUGGAGUGCAUAUUGAAGAUCAUUGCCUUUGGAGUGCUGAACUACUUCAAAGACGCCUGGAACAUCUUCGACUGUGUGACUGUACUUGGCAGCAUCACUGAUAUUUUAGUCACAGAGCUAGGGAUGAACAACUUCAUAAAUCUGAGUUUUCUAAGGCUCUUCAGAGCUGCUCGUCUCAUUAAGUUGCUCAGGCAGGGUGAGACCAUACGCAUCCUGCUCUGGACCUUCGUCCAGUCUUUCAAGGCUCUGCCGUAUGUGUGCCUACUCAUCGCCAUGCUGUUCUUCAUCUACGCCAUCAUUGGCAUGCAGCUGUUUGGGAACAUUGCGAUUGAGGAGGAUGGUGAGAGUGCCAUUAACCAGCACAACAAUUUCAGGACUUUUUUCCAGGCGCUAAUGCUGCUCUUCAGGAGUGCUACAGGUGAGGCAUGGCAUGAUAUCAUGCUGUCAUGUCUGGGAAAGAAGGUGUGUGAUCCUCUCUCUGGUAACGUGGAGGCAGAGUGUGGGAGCGAGUUUGCCUACCUCUACUUUGUCUCCUUCAUCUUCCUCUGUUCCUUUCUGAUGCUGAAUCUGUUCGUGGCUGUGAUCAUGGAUAAUUUUGAGUACCUGACGCGUGACUCCUCUAUCCUGGGACCCCAUCACCUGGACGAGUAUGUGAGAAUCUGGGCGGAGUAUGAUCCAGCUGCUUGCGGGCGCAUUCAUUAUAAGGAUAUGUACAGUUUAUUGCGAGUUAUCGACCCCCCUCUGGGCUUAGGCAAGAAAUGUCCUCAUAGGGUGGCCUGCAAGAGACUGUUGCGGAUGGAUCUGCCAGUUGCUGAUGACAACACAGUGCACUUUAAUUCCACACUUAUGGCCUUAAUCCGAACUGCUCUGGACAUCAAGAUCGCCAAGGGUGGGGAAGGAGGCGUAGAUAAGCACCAGAUGGAUGCUGAACUAAGGAAGGAGAUGAUGGCGAUAUGGCCUAAUCUCUCUCAGAAAAAUCUGGACCUUCUGGUGACACCCCACAAGUCAGCGACAGACCUGACAGUGGGAAAGAUCUAUGCUGCCAUGAUGAUCAUGGAGUAUUAUAGGCAAAGUAAAGCCAAACGGACACAGGCUAUCCACGAUGAACAGAAUCGAACGCCAUUAAUGUUUCAGCGUCUGGAGCCGCCGUCUCCAAGCCAGGAUGUGGGACAGGGACUCACUGGCCUUCCUGAAACACAACAGCACCCUGCAAAUCAUCUGCCUGUUAAUGAAAGGAUCCCAGAGAGCCAAUCAUGGGUGACAGCGCGAGCCCAGGAGAUGUCUCAGAAAGCAGGAAGCUGGAGUCCUGAAGGCCAACACCCAGACGACCCCGCAGAUAACCGCAGACAGUCUCAGACAGUAGAGAUGAGAGAGAUGGGGCGGGACAGGUACUCGGACACUGAGCACUAUCUGCCGAUGGAAGGCCAUGGCAGGGCUGCUUCCAUGCCUCGACUCCCAGCAGACAACCAACAGACCAUCACCGAUAACAGUCCGAUGAAGCGUUCAGCUUCAUCUUUGGGCCACGGGCGUCAAGGCCGUUCAAUGCGGGGUGAGGACUAUGCCAUGGACAGGGUUAUCCCAGAAGAGGGUCACAGACAUGGGCAUCGCCACCGAGACCGCAGUCACCGUGCAUCAGAACGCUCCCUGAGCCGCUACACUGAUGCUGACACAGGUCUUGGCACUGACCUCAGCACCACCACACAGUCAGGAGACCUGCCAUCCAAGGAGAGGGACCGGGGCCGGGCCAAAGACCGCAAGCACCACCAUCAUCACCAUCACCAUCACGGUUCUCUAGAUAAGGAGCACUACGGACACGAGAGAGAACGAGGGGACUACGGCCACAGAGGGUCUAGAGAGAGAGACCGCCGCUGGUCCCGCUCACCGAGUGAGGGCAGAGAGUGCCUGACUCACAGACAGGGCAGUAGUUCAGUAAGCGGCAGUCCAGUCCCCUCCACCUCUGGGACCAGCACGCCCCGCAGCCCGUCCUACGAGCCCCUCCCUGUGCAGGGCAACCCUCACCCACAUUCCCCCAGGACUUCCCGCCACAGCACCCCCCCUCAGGGCCAGCCACAUCCACGGCGCGUGCCAAACGGCUACCGUUCGUCCUCGCCCACUCCCCACCACCACACCCCCGCCCACCCGGGAACUCAUAAGCCUCCUCAUCCCAGAGGGCCCAGGAAGGGCCUCCACGAACCCUACAGUGAGACUGAUGAGGAUGACUGGUGCUAGCCUCUGGGACGGGGAGGGGUGAGUCCUGCCGCGCUCUCACGGUGAAGUGAUACUCUCAUUGGAUUGGCCACUCUGUCCGGGGAAACACUAGGCAGUGCUCUGAAUGUUCACAGGGGAAAUCAAGGCAUGAUUCAUUUCUUUCUAUUUCUCGUUUCUUUUCCGAUUCCUCUGCUGCCGAGUGUUUCCCUGAAAGCGACGGACCGCUGACAGUGAAUAUGAAGACUUAUGAAUACGAAAUCCUGUUCUUAGCCUUUUUCUGAAGAAUAUAAAAAUGUUUUGAUAAGGAGGAGGAAUGUCUGAACUGUUUUUCCCCAGGACAUUUCACGCAGUCCCUCCGGAAAUGAGACGCUAGGAACUCUUUAGCACUCGUU